AAAUCCACUGCAUCUGCUUUUGUCUGCAAUUAAUAUUGAGUCAGAUCUCGGGGUUUCGGUAGAUAAGAUAUUAUUCUAACACGCUGUGCAUGUAUUUUAGAUUUUAUCGGGUUUGAAUUAGAGAAAAUCGGUUCCAAAGUAAAGGAGGGACAAAGGGCACUCGAGCCUACAAAGAUGAGAAAGGGGACCUCCUCAGCCCAGGAGAAACUCGUAACAGCAGGGGUUGGGGGCUCCACUGUAGAUAAAAGUAAUGUUUUCACGUCGCUGUCUGGUCGCCUAACUUCUAGCUUUCCCACAACUGCAUUUAUACAAAUUAUCACCCCACCGCCCUCUGUAACCCAGGCUGCCAAUGGCUGUAUGUCCGAUCUGCCAGCUGGUAGCUUGAUAUACUCCACUCCCCACGGACCAACAAACGGAACAGGACAACGACCUGCAUUAGGACGCCCUCCGGCGAAGCGUCGGCUUGAACUGGACAUUCCUGACCACCAGUACAUCAGCGAAGCAUCAGUGAAGCGCAAAGUGGGGACCACCCCUGCUACUCGCAAGAGCCCCAAAACCCCCAAGUCGCCAGCGGAGAAGACGCGCUAUGACACGUCCCUAGGCCUCCUGACCAAGAAGUUUUUCCAGCUGUUGGGCCAGUCAUCGGAUGGCGUAGUGGACCUGAACCAGGCUGCGGAGGUCCUCAAAGUCCAGAAGAGACGCCUUUAUGACAUUACCAAUGUGCUGGAGGGGGUCCACCUCAUCAAGAAGAAAUCCAAAAACAACAUUCAGUGGAUGGGUUGUAAGCUGUCAGAAGAGGGCACCGUGCUGAAUCAGUGCCAGAGCCUGGGCCGGGAGGUGCUGGAGCUCAACCAAGAGGAGAGGAAGCUGGACGAGCUGAUCCAGACCUGCCGCAGGAACGUGCAGCAGAUGACCGAGGAGACUCUCAACCAAAAGUUCGCUUAUGUAACAUAUCAAGACAUCCAGAGGAGCCGGGGCCUGCGGGACCAGACGGUGAUUGUGGUCAAAGCACCUUCAGAAACAAAGCUGGAGGUUCCAGACCCCCAGGAGGCUUUACAGGUCCACUUAACUAGCACUAAAGGGCCAAUUGAUGUGUUCUUAUGUCCGGAUGAGAAUACGUCCAACACCCCGCUGAAGAAUAGCCUCUUGGAUGUGAAUGGGAAUAACUCAACAUUUCCUGUGCCCGGUUUCUCUUCCGCAGAGUGUGCUAGCGGCAGCAAUGCACCAGGGGUGCCCGACUGCGCGGUGACCGUCACCUCCAUCUCCCCCCUCACCUCCCCCCUGACCAGCCUCCUGCAACAGACGGAGGACCAGAUCCCCUCCGUGCUGGAGGGGCCCCUUGUCAGCCUGUCGCCGCACCUCCUCAACGAGGACUACAUGCUGAGCCUCGGGGACGAGGAGGGCAUCAGUGACCUCUUUGAUGCCUACGACUUUGACAGACUCCCGCUGGACGACCUUUUGUGUAACUGA